GCCUUCUAGGACGCCAUGUGCCAGAGAAUCUGAACAAAAAGUACGGUUGCGUAGGCUACUGUCAGCGCGGCGGAGUACAGGAUCCAACCGGAAGUGUUUGGCUUAGGGGGAGGGAAUCUUUGUGCCACGUUGAUGGAGCUCAGUGGGGACGUGGAAUCCAGCUCCCUACCAGCCGGGAGACCCGCUACCUGCUAGUUAGCUAGCUCUCUGCAAGCAGUACAGAUCCAAGACGAGAAAGACUAAAGCGAUCGAUUAAAGUUUUGGACCCGUACUUGCCGCAUCAGUGAGAGUGUGAAUGCGUGAACGGGUAGCGGGCUGACAGGAUGAAGCUGAAAGAGAUCAACCGCACAGCUGUCCAGGCCUGGAGCCCGGCACAGCAGCAUCCAGUCUACUUGGCCACAGGUACCUCUGCCCAGCAACUGGAUGCCAGCUUCAGCACCACCGCCUCUCUGGAGAUCUUCCAGCUGGACCUGGCCGACCCCGGACUGGAGAUGAAGACUAGUGGGACCUUCUCAUCCCCUCACAGGUACCAUAAACUGGUGUGGGGUCCCAACGGUAUCGGGUCAGACGAGCAUCCUUCGGGGGUGCUCAUCGCAGGGAGCGAGAACGGAGAUGUCAUCCUAUACGACCCCGCCAAAAUCAUCGGUGGCAACAGCGAUGUGGUCAUCGACCAGAGCUCCAAACACACAGGCCCUGUGAGGGCACUCGACGUCAACUCCUUCCAGACAAACCUGUUUGUCUCAGGAGGGAAUGAAUCAGAGAUCUACAUCUGGGACCUGAACUCCUUCAGCACUCCCAUGACCCCGGGGCCCAAAACUCAGCCUCUGGAGGAUGUGAGUUGCGUAGCGUGGAACUGUCAGGUGCAGCACAUCCUGGCAUCUGCGAGCCCCAGUGGCCGCGCAUCCAUCUGGGACCUGCGCAAGAACGACCUCAUAAUCAAAGUCAGCGACCACAGCAACAGGAUGCAUUGCUCAGGGUUGGCGUGGAACCCAGAGGUGGCCACUCAGCUGGUGUUGGCGUCUGAAGAUGAUCGCAUGCCUGUCAUCCAGAUGUGGGACCUACGCUUCGCCACCUCGCCUCUCAAAGUGUUGGAGAACCACACCAGAGGGGUGUUGGCCCUCGCCUGGAGUCUGGCUGAUCCAGAGCUGCUGUUGAGUUGUGGGAAAGACAACCGUAUCCUGUGCUGGAACCCAAACACAGCUGAGGUCCUCUAUGAGCUGCCCACCAGUACCCAGUGGUGUUUUGACAUCCAGUGGUGCCCUAGGAACCCUGCGGUUCUCUCAGCUGCUGCCUUUGACGGCCACAUCAGUGUCUACUCUAUCAUGGGAGGCAAGAACGACGCCGUCAACCUCAAACAGGAAGACCAGAUCAGCACAUCGUUCGGUAACAUGGAUCCCUUUGGGACGGGUCAGGCUCUACCCCCCCUGCAGCUUCCCCAGUCCCCCGCCACCAACACCACGGUCACCCCCCUCAAGAAACCCCCGAAGUGGAUCCGUCGUCCAGUCGGGGCCUCGUUUGCAUUUGGAGGCAAACUGGUUUCCUUGGAGAAUGGCAAACCUUCCACUCAGCCUUCCCAGCAGCCUCUGCAGCGUGUGGUGCACGUUAGCCAGGUUGUCACCGAGACAGCGUUCCUGGAGCGCUCGGCCCAGCUGCAGGCCACUCUGAGUGACGGCAGUUUUGCUGAGUUCUGCCAGGUGAAGGUUGAGGCGGCGCCCAGCGAAUUUGAGAAGGCAGUGUGGUCCUUCCUGAAGAUUAACUUUGAGGAUGACAGCCGGGGGAAGUACCUGGAGCUUCUUGGGUAUAAAAAGGAGGAGCUGGCAUUGAAGAUUGCUGAGGCGCUGGAGAAGAAAGACUCCCAACCAGCAGAGGCUGUACCUGAGCCUCUAGAGUUCCCUGACGCUCAACCUGAGCCUGAACCUGAACUUGAACCUCAUACUCAGGCUGAACCCGUUCCACUACUCAAAGCUCCACCUGAAGCCACACCAGAUUUCCCUGCCGACUCCUUCUCCAUUUCUCAGCCUGUAAUACUCCAUCAACUUCAUCACCCGGAAGUUUCUCAAACAGAGCCCGCAGUCAACCUGAACUUUGUACCUGAACCUCAACCAGAACUUAUACCUCAACCUCAAGUGGAACCUGAGAUUCUACCUGAACUUGAAGCUCAAGUGGAACCUAAAUCUGAAAUGGAAUAUGUACCUGAACCGGAGGUAAAACUCACUCCUGAAUCCCUACCCGAACCGCAAGCAGAUCUAAUACCUGAACCUCAAUUGGAACUUGUACCAAAUGAUCAACCAGAAGAACACUCAAGUGGAACACAACCUCCUGAAGCAGGAUCUUUGGAACCAACUCCUGAAGCAGGAUCUCUGGAACCAACUCCUGAAGCAGCUCCUCUGGAACCAUUUCUUCAAGCAGCUCCUCUGGAACCAUUUCUUCAAGCAGCUCCUCUGGAACCAUUUCCUGAAGCAGCUCCUCUGGAACCGUUUCAUGAAGCAGCUCCUCUGGAACUAUCUCCUGAAGCCAUUACCCUGGACCCCUCCUCAGAACCCAUUUAUUUGGACCCUUAUCCAGCAGCCACCCUUCUUCUGGAACCUGAAGCAAUGACACCAGUGGAUCUCCAGGACUAUGUGCCGACCCUCGCUCCACCAUACGACCUGCUGCAGCCUGUCUCUUUAUUUGCGCCUCCCGUUGACUUCCAGCCAUCUCUUCCUUUAUUUGCACCUUCAGUCAGUUCUCUGACCCCAGCAGAUCAGCAGCCCCCUGAGGACAUAGGUCUUAUGACUCCACAUGAUCCUGCAAGUACAGAGGCUGUUCCCCUAACUGCUUCUAGCUUUGACAUGGCUCCAUGGCUGGAUGUCCCCACUUCUCAGGUUGAUCUUGUGUCCUCAGCUGAACUCCACUUACCACCAGUGGCUCAGCUUCCAGGAAAUGAGUGGAUACCACAAGAUGACCAACCACCUGUGCUUGAUGCUGUACCCAACCUUUUCUUACCAUCUGUACCCGAGCCUAUACCUGCUGUUGGCAUAUCACCUGUACCUCAGCCUGAACCUGUUGUUGGCCUAUUACCCUUGCCUGAGCCUGUACCUGCUGUUGGCAUCCCACUUGUACCUGAGUGCAUACCUGCUGUGGACCUGUCAGCACCACCUGAAGUGCCUGUAGGUUACUCUCCUCUAGUACCCAUGCAGCCGAUGCCCACAUUCACGCAUGGUGCCGCUCCGCAGCAGCUGUCUCAGGUGUGUGACCUCUCUGGUCCAGCAGAGGGCGCUCCGAAGCCUCCAGUCAUGCAGGCUCCCGCCCCUGAGCCGGUGGUGGAUCUACUAGGGGACACGCAGGGACCAGUCGUCCCCACUUUCUCCGAGGUGGAGCAAGCACCGCAGGAGGCAGUGGAGGAGGCGGAGCCAGAACUGGAGGAGGAGGCGGGGCUAGAACCAGAGCUAGAGGCUCCAGUGGAACCGGAGAUGGAGGAGGAGGAAGCAGAAGAUCUUGUAGAAGAGCCCAUUGAAGAUCCUACGGAGGGUACAACAACAGAACCCACAGAAAGCUUAGAAGAACCCAGCGCUGAACCCGAAGUGGCAGCAGGACCAUCUGCACCUGCCCCAUCAGCGACAGAACCAGUCACAUUAAAAGUUAGCAAAGAUUUGGACGGCCUGAUCACGCAGGCGCUGCUCACAGGCGACUUUGAGAGUGCUGUUGAACUCUGUCUCCAUGACAACCGCAUGGCGGACAGCAUCAUCCUGGCCAUCGCUGGCGGACCAGAACUCCUGGAGAAGACCCAGAAGAAGUACUUCCUGAAGAGCCAGACUAAAAUCACCAAGCUCAUCAGUGCGGUGGUGAUGAGCGACUGGUUGGACAUCCUGCAGACGUGUGACCUGCACAACUGGAGGGAGGCACUGGCUGCAGUCAUGACCUACGCAAAGCCUGAGGACUUCUCCUCUCUGUGUAGUUUGCUGGGCUCUAGGCUGGAGCAGGCUGUGGACUCAUCUCUUCAGGCUCAGGCGUGUCUCUGCUACAUCUGUGCUGGAAGCCUGGAGAAGCUCGUCUCCUGCUGGACCAAAGCCCAGGAGUCCGUCUGCCCGCUCUCUCUGCAGGACCUGGUGGAGAAGGUGGUGAUUCUGCGCCAAGCGGUGGAGCGGAGUCACGGGGCAGAGGCGUCUGCGGUGGGCACCAUGUUGGCACAGAAGAUGAGCCAGUAUGCCAGCCUGCUGGCUUCGCAGGGCAGUCUGGAAACCGCCCUCACCUACCUGCCCGAGAACACCAACCAGGAGGUGGUGGAGCAUCUUCGAGAGCGCCUCACCAGAGCUUUGGGGCGCCAGACUGCCAUCGUCUCUGCCCCUCAGGUGGCAGCUGCGACCCCCCAGGCCCCCAGCGCUCACCCUGCACCCACAAACAUGCCCACAGCCACGCCAGCGUACGCCUUCAACCAACACUCCGCACAGUCAGUGCCUGCCCCGGCCCGGACCUUAGCAGCCACCACACCUCAGUACUACCAGCCGGUCGGGUCCGCCUCUACUGUCACUUCCUGGAGUAACCAAACCCCCACCGCCCUUCCCAGUGCCCCUCGUCCACUAGGCCCUGUCCCUGAACCACAGCUUGCCUCCCUCAGAUGCAUGUGUCCCCAUACUGACCCCAGUGUUCCACCGUUUGGUCUUCAUUCUCCUGCGAGUGCCGCCCCUCCUGCCUCAUGUCCUCCAGGCUACAUGCAAUCUCAGCAGUAUCCUCAGAUCUUUCCUCAGGCUCCUCCCUACAGUGCAGGGAUGGGCGCUCCAACCCUCUACAACCCUCUCCACUACUCUUCAGCGCCCUCUACUGCUGUGGCUGCUCCUCCUCUUCCUCACCCCUCCUCCUCCUCAUCCUCCCAGUCCUACGCCCACCACUACAUGCCCUCCGUUCCCCCCUACCCCCACGGCCCCGCGACGUACCCCUCCCAACCUCAUCCUCCUCCUCCUCACUCUCUCCCUUCUCCUCCUGCGGCGUCUGUCGCUCCCUCCUUCCCCUCUCCUCCGCCUGCCGCCUCCUCCUUCUUCUCUCCUUCUGCUCCUCUGGUGGGAGGACCCUCGUUUCAGCAGGGGGGGCUGGGCUCCCCCGUGUCCCACCUGCCCCCCCCGCCGCCAGGAACCUCAGGGUUGAUGAGCCACAGUGAAAACAGUGACUCUGAAGAACCUCAGAAUGGUUGGAAUGACCCCCCAAACCUGGUCAGAGGCCCAAAGAAGAAGAAGGUUCUGAAUAACUACACCCCUCCUGCCCCCAUCACCGCCCCGAUCAUGAGUCCUCUAGGGGAGCCCCAGGCCCCUGCGGCCCCCACUCAGCCCCCCCAGCCUGGCCUGCAGGCCCCCUACAACCCCCACAUGCGCCCCACCAUGGCGCCUGGGGCCGGCCCCCCGACCAUGCAACGCAUGAAUGUGGAGGGGGCUCCUGGCGCCCCCACGGGAGACAUCAUCCAGCCUGUGCAGACGCUGCCUGCGGAGAAGAUCACUAAGAAGCCCAUCCCGGAGGAGCACAUGGUGCUCAAGAUCACGUUUGAAGGACUCAUCCAGAAAUGCCUGGCCGCCGCUUCAGAUCCUCAAACCAAGAGAAAGCUGGAUGUCGCUAAUAAACGCCUGGAGAUGCUGUAUGACAAGCUGAGGGAACAGAGUCUCUCUCCAGCCAUCAUGGGCGGGUUGCACAACAUGGCGCGCAGCAUCGAGUCGCGGGCGUACGCCGAAGGCCUCAACAUCCACACACACAUCGUCACCAGCAGCAACUUCAGUGAGAUCUCCGGCUUCAUGCCCGUGCUCAAGGCGGUGCUCACAGAGGCCAACAAGCUUGGAGUCUGAGGGAGAGGAAACACAAACAGACAUUACACACACAUUUAGGUGCACACACAUAGGCUUGCACAUACAUGCACUCACACACACUGACACACACACACACACACACACACACACACACACACACAGUCGCUGCCACUCUUAUCUUCCAGUGUUAAAGCAACUCUAGUCCAAGCCAUGACUGUCCUGAUCAGUAUGGUGCCCAGACGUCGGGACGCGGGACCAAGUGUCAUGAACAUUUGCCAGUCUUACUAUUCUUCACGGAUCACACCUCUGAUGUUUGUCUUCUCUUCCUGUUUGUUUUUAAUUUUAUUGUUGUUUUCUGUUUUUAUUCUGUCUGUAAUCAUGUGAGAGCAGAGUGCAAUGGGGUUACCCCACGGAACCCGCAGAACCCACCUCACGCCUGGUGUUUACAGAACCCAUCUUGACGGGGUGGCAUUCUUAGAACCCACCCACACAGAAUCCUACUGACUGUGUUCUACACACGGUGGGAUGUGUUCAUGCGACUAGUCUGCUGAACUCCAGUCGUCUCCAUUUCUGGAGUCUGGAGUUUCCGGGUUCUUCUCUGGGCUCACCAGGACUGAUCUAGUCGUUAUCUAGCUCUCCUAAAGGUUUUAUGAAUGACUUUUACUAUGGCAGAAUGUUAGUCUGAAGAAUGCAGCAUGCUUUAAAUUAAGUGGAAGACACAAUGAGUUUGUUCCUCACUCAGUCACCCUCUUGAUGCCAAACCAGGGUGGCACUCCAUAGUAAAAAUCUCGCCUUCAAUAUAUAUAUCGGUCAGUUAAUCCUACUACAGAUGCGGUGCUUUUAAACUUUGUCUAUUGUAGUUCAUGACGCAAGAUUCAGCUUAGCUUUCCUUUCCCAGCUUUUUCCACCAGAGGCAUCAUGAUAUGCAACAAAGAUCCAAAACAAGCAAAUGUUUCCACAAAUAGUAUUUAUUUUAAACGUUUUUAAUUGAAGAUUUGCAAUGGUAGUAACACUUUUAAUUAUGAAAAAGAAUUGCUGCGAUAUUUUUAGUAUCUGAGAUCAUGUUGUAAAAGAGAAGGGCUGACCAUUGAAAUAUCCAUGUGUUUUAUUAGUCUCUCAUCUCAUCCCACCCUAAACGCUGGGCUUUGUUCUCCUCAAAUCCCAGCCUGAAGAAGUCUUUCUAGUGGCAUUACGCAUCCAGGGGUGUUUACCAUGACGAGUUUGCAAAGGCUGAGGAGAAUGAGCAUGUGAUUGGUCAAAGACAGACUCAUGGAUUGGAUGGAUGGAUGAAUGGAUAUUUGUCUUUUGAAUGUUGGGGUCAUUUUCAGGCUUGAAAAUGUGGACACAAAGGGAAUGUGUGUGUGUGUUUCUGUGACACUUCUCUGUGUUUGGUGAUGUGUUUUGUCUUGAGUCUUCAGUGUGUCAUGGGCCAUGGAGAUUAAACAUUUGCCUUCUUCAACUGUAACACUCUGCGCUGCAGAAAGCUGCAACUUGUCCUGCGAAAAGAGGACUCUCUGGCGAGUACUGACGCACGAGGCUAUCACAUGGCAUUUGGUUUUGGUUUCUGUCCUUCUGUGAGAUCUCUGAGAUCGUCGGUCUGACGUAAACUUCAGUAUGAAUCAACGGAGAAAACUUGUCUCAGACGUUUAUUAUCAUUUCUCCGCAGACAGGUUGGAAAAGUAAUUUGUUAUCAGGAGUCUGUUUAUGUUUUUGAAUCUAUCAAUAAAUUCGUAAUUAUAUAAA